UCUCGAAGACGCAACACAGUUAAACUCUUAUCUUCAUCUUCUUCAGGGGUUUUAAUUUGCGCCGAUGAGAAACCUAAAGAGAAAGUUCAAGUGAGGAUAUUUCGCGACCCCUGUUUUACUGUGAAGUACCCCGGAUUCCCGACUCGUCUGGAGGAGAAUGAGAUUAUUUUCGUCGAGGUAGAAGCUAUCGAUGAUGAUCGUGUUGUUAUUCCUGAAGAUUGUUACGUCAGUGCCAACAAGAAGCCCGACCAUUGCUCCACACAGGGAUAUCAACUCAUUAGCGAUCAUUGCCCGCGAGCUUUUCACUGUGAGUACUUACCGACAAGCAACAAGUCAGUACGAUUCAAAUUCUCCAACGUCCAGUUCUUUGGCCCGAAGGAACAACUCAUCUACCUUCACUGCAAAAUAACAACUUGUUGGAUGCUACAGGUGCCCAAGCCAAAUAGAUUCAAUUGUGGAACACUAACGUUACAUUGUCCUCAACGAAAGGACAGUCACGUGACGGUGGGUCUCUUUGUGGCGUGGCCGACUGGAGUUAAGUGCAAUCAAUCGAAUCUGACUCCAACAACCAGAGCAAAUAACACAACCCAGGGAAAAAUUCAAGUUCAAGUUGGAGUAUUUUCAAGCGACUCCUUCACCAAGACGUUUAAAUACAUCAGAUUCCCCAUUCAUUUGGAUGUGAACUCAAAUGUUUUCGUCGAGGUGGAAGUUACGGAAAAGGGCCAAAUAGCUAUUCCAAAAGAAUGUCAUGUGAGUGCAUUUAAGAACUAUAACCACAAUCCUGUGCUGGAAUACGAACUCAUCAAGGAUUAUUGCCCAGAUAAGUAUGAACUUAACUACCUUGAAUCAAAUGCAGUAAGCCAGGCCAUAAGAUUCAAAUUCCCCAUACGGCAGUACUUUGGGAUUGCAGAACAGUUCCUGUUCAUUCACUGCAAGGUUACCGCAUGCCAGAGGAGGCAGCCACCGAAAAUGACAGCAACCAACUGCAGGACGCUAGCACACUACUGUCCCCACCGGAGAGAAGAAAUCCAAGUGUCAGUGGGUCCAUUUGUGGUUUUACCAGAAGAACUCAAACAAGAUGAAGUGAUGGGACUAGCAAAUGGCAACAUUCAUUCAAAUGAAAUAGGUCAAGAUGAAGUGCAAGUCAAACUCUUUGACAGUAGCUGUUUUUCUCAAGAGUACCCCAAGUUCCCAAUUCCUUUAGGAAUGUGCGGCUAUGUUUACGUAGAAGCUAUAGCUACCCAGGUAGACCGUGUGGUGAUUCCCGAAAAAUGCCAGUUGAGUGGCUCCAAACACUUCACUGAUCACCUUUCCUCGGAAAGCUAUACAUUACUGGAAGACAGUUGUCCGUUAGGUUUAGAGUUUGAUUAUCUCCCAACGCACAACAAGGCCGUACGAUUCCGAUUUAGUUUUGACCAUUUCAAUGCAUCUGCGAAGGAUUUUCUAUACCUCCAUUGUUUAAUGACCACGUGUCAAAGAGGAGAAGUGCCCAGGAUGGCGCACUUUAAUUGUCUGACGCAAACACAGUACUGUCCACACCACAUAAAUACAGAAGUAUCUUUGGGCCCGUUUAUGGUGUGGCCGGAAGGAUGUAAUCAAGAAGAAAAGGGUGUAAAGAAGAGAACUGGUAAUUCUAGUGAAUUGAAGGGAGCAAAUAAUUUAAUCUUUGGAGAAGUUAAAGUUGAAAUAUUUGCGAACGAUUCCUUCACCGAGGAGGUCAAGUACAACAGAUUCCCUAUCCAUUUGGACUUGAGCUCGGUCGUCUUCAUUGAAGUAGAAGCCAUCUGGCAAGAACUUGUCGCUAUUCCCAAAGAGUGUCACAUAACUGCGUACAAGAACUGCUCCGAUCACCAUCCUAGCUUGGGAUACGGACUCGUCUUUGAUUACUGCCCUGAUGAUCUUCAAGUUGACUUCCUCCGAUCACCCAUGGGAAGCCGGGCUGUGCGAUUCAAGUUUCCUAUAAGGCAGUUCUUCGGGAUAGCCGAACAAUUCCUUUACCUCCAUUGUAAAAUGACCACAUGCAAGAGGAAGGACCCACCCAUGCUAACUAUGUUCAACUGCCGGACACAGUCUCAAUUCUGCCCUCUCCAAAAAGACUUCGACGUCACAGUUGGUCCCUUCAUGGUUUGGCCAGUAGGAAUUAAACGAGAUUGGAAGAUCAAAGAAAACACUGCCAAACCUACAGAAUAUAAACAAGGAGAUUCAUCACAAUUCUCUAGCGGAAACACAGAUACAAAGACAGAUGAAGUGUGUCUGACCUACGCAGAAGUUAUUAUGUCAGUUGUCGGUCCAGUUGUCGCUCUUGGUUUGAUGAUCGUACUCCGUGCAAUCCUCAGGAAGGCUUACGUAAAAAGAAAGCGGCAAAUAGAAUUGGCGCUGGAAACAGAUAAGGAACAAGCGUGAACCAGUCAGUGCCCAGCACUGGACUCUUGUCUUUUCCUUCUCACUCCCAAAAGCUAAAUGCCAAUUUUCAGCACUGUCUGUGUAAUACGUCUCCUGUGAUAUCAGUUUAAUCAAACAAUAUCUCCUAAUUGAUAUUUGUCUUUAUUCCCAUCACUUUUCUCCUUGAAAAUGUACUGAUAUUGUAAGGAGAAAUUCUCUUUUGGUCCCUUGUAGGAGUGAAAGAUUUACUGAAACCGCGGCCACCCGACAGAAGACCAUUUGAUGGGCUCUUUUUCAAUAGCACGUGAUGAUUCGAACCUUGCGCGCACUUUAAUUUUAUAAUCGUAACACUCGUUUCAGCGGCUUUUGUCUUAAUUUAUUUUUCUAAAUCAGCCAACGAAUCAACGGAAACUGAACUUGGGUAGCAUAUACAAUUUUCCAAUUAGUGCUAUCACAAUCAACGACCAUGCGAAAGUGAGAAAGGACCGGCAGUUUAAAAUUGAAAAUCAUCGGGUUAUCAAGCAUCACAGCUCAACGAACGCGUUAAGAGUUCAACCUCUUGUAUCCGAUAUUUAGUUGGCUGGAUUUUAAAAAGUUUUGAAUCUACACUUUUAGUUUUACCCCAAAAUUUGUUUCCAUUGUCCGGGUGACUUCGAUUUCAGUAGAUGCGUCGCAAGAUGAUUUUGUAUUACGUUACAGAAAUCUUUCAAUGUCAUCUCUCUUGUCAGGUUUGUUGAUUAAUUAAGCAUCAAAAAAUAUAUUUUGCUUUGCAUUUUCUUUUUUUAC